UUCCCCUCCCCCGCGCCGGAGCGGCGCUGCCGCUGCGCCCUCUCUUCAACCCCCAGCUUAUCCCGCUGCGCCCAUCACCGGCCACCUCACCGCCGGCGACGGGAGGACACGACAAACCCCGGAUAGCAUCGCGCGGCGUCACCUCGACCUCCUCCUCCUCCCCUCUCUCACUGGUUCCUCUUCUUGCCAUCGCAAGAUCAUUCUGCGUAAGGUGCCCGCUCCCCCACCCCAGCUAUAGGGAAUGUUCAAGACUGCUGCUUUGAGAUUGUUGCGAGAUGGGGGUUUCCGGCAAUCGUCUCAAGUACUGCUGGCUGUGAAUUCUGAAACGGUUGCCCCUUUGAUUCGGAGGUUUUGCUCCAUGCCCAUUGAGAGCCUCACCAGCUGCAAAGUUGAUGGUGAUGCCUUGUAUCAGGAUGCUGGUGAUCAGCCUCAUGACAACUCUGAUUGUGGCAGUGAGCCCAGUCAUGGCAUCAGUGCAGUGAGGAAACAGGGCAAGAAUCAUGGACCCAAGAAGAAACAUGGACCUUCUAAGAGGGGCCGCCGUGGAAAGAAAUUGCCAGGAAGGGAUGGACCUUCUCAGGAGGGCCGCCAUCAUGAAAUGAGAUUGCCAGGCAGGGAUGGUCUGUUUCAGAAAGGCCACCAUCAUGAAAAGAAAUUGCCAGACACACCCGCCCAACCUUUUCUUUUCCAGAUCGUACUGGAUACUCCUAUGAGUACUCUUAUGACUGUACUUGACACAUGGGUGCAAGCCGGUAACUGUCUGGAAAGAAACGAAGUCUUGAUGGUUUUGUUCCAUCUGAGGAAGCAGAGACUGUAUAGCAAGGCUUUGAAGUUCAUGGAUUGGAUCGAAAGAAGAAAACUACUAAAUUUUGAAGAUCGCGAUUAUGCUUGCCAUCUUGAUUUGAUAGCACGGAACCAUGGUUUUGAAGCUGCUCAAAAGUACAUUGAGAGGGUCCCUACACCCUUCAGGAAUGAGGUGCUCUAUGAAACUCUACUUGUUAACUGUGUAUGUCAGGAUGAUGUCCGGAAGGCACAGCAAGUCUUCAACGAAAUAAGGGAACUCUCUUUACCUUUAACUGUUUCUGCUUGCAACCAAAUGAUAUUGCUGUACAAGAGGGUUGCUCGAAGUAAGGUAGUUGACAUUCUCAUGUUGAUGGAGAAAGAAAAUAUAAAGUUUUCUCGUUUUACAUACAAGCUCCUGAUUGACUUGAAAGGGCGGUCAAAUGACCCAUUAGGCAUGGAGUCGGUCUUAAAUAUUAUGAAGGACAAUGGUCUUGAGCCAGAUUUUGCCACACAGACUAUGGUUGCUAAAUUCUACAUAUCCGGGGGCCUCAUGGAGAAAGCAGAAGAGGUUAUCAGGGCUAUGGAAGUAUCUGUAAAGGAUAGUCGUGAUGCCACCAGGUCUCUUCUUGACCUCUAUGCUAUUCUUGGCAGGCCAGACGAUGUAGAGAGAAUAUGGAACUCAUACACCAACCCAAAGUUGGAGGACUUCUUGGCUGCUAUUGAGGCAUGGAGUAAACUUGGACGUAUCAAACAAGUGGAAGAGACCUUUGAAGCGCUGGUAAAGACAUCACCAAAACUCACCUCCAAGUACUUCAAUGCCAUGCUGAACGUGUAUGCAAAACACAAACUUCUGGCCAAGGGCAAAGAGUUUCUAGAAAGGAUGUAUUUGGAUAGGUGUCCAAUCAACCCUCUAACCUGGGAUGCAAUUGUUAAGCUCUAUGCGAAUUCAGGUGAGUUAGCGAAAGCCGACUCAUUUCUGGCGAAUGUGACAGAAGAGAAUCCAGACAGAUAUCCCCUCUUCGGGUCAUACAUAACCUUACUGAGGGCCUAUGCAAAAAAAGCCGACAUACAUAACUCCGAGAAAAUAUUUGAUAGGCUAAAGCAGAUCAGGUACCCAGGGAGGCAGCCGCCUUAUAAUUUGUUACUUGCAGCCUAUGCCAGUGCCCAGGUUACACCGUACGGGUUCAGAGAAAGGAUGAAAGCUGACAAUGUGCGCCCGACCAAGACUGAUAUAGAAUGUUUGAGGCGUCUCGGGUUCAGAGAAAGGAUGAAAGCUGACAAUGUGCGCCCGACCAAGACUGAUAUAGAAUGUUUGAGGCGUCUCGAUGGCUUGCAAACGGUAGAGUAUUAGAGUGUUUAUUUUUCCUUUUCAUCCCUUUGCCAUGGACCACCCCAGCUCGAAGAAGGUGGCCUGAAGAGAGUGUAGGAUAGAAGAAUCUACUACCAGGCUGCUGCUGUCUUUCCAGCAUGGAAUUUGGAAUUUUGUUGUCCUGGUAUGCUUGGUGUUGCAAGAUUAUCAAAGUUUUAGGCGAGUUGCUAUUUGGAAUAUAAAAAUGGAGAUCUUCAUUUUGAGAUUCUGGAUCUUGCCCUUUUGUAACGUGAAUCUCAAGGCUUGCGAUAUAAGCUGUAUUUAAUUUUUUUUUUGCAAAAUACGCUAUGCUCACUUCAGCAGCUGUAUUUAUUUUACCUUGGUUGUUUUCCGAA